CCAUUACUAAUAAGUCAUGUGAAAACAAAUAUAGCCAAUCAGUUUGUUGUUAAAUUUUCAGUGUGUAAUAAUCCGAAUUCCAUAAAAUGUCUGCCUAUAAAUAUGAGAGUAUCAAGACUACACUGCUGGAUCCCACGGCAUCCUUUCGUUCCAGCCUAUUACUCGACGAGGAGGCAGUAAGGCAGCUGCGCGGUCAGUGGAGCGAUUAUAUCUUAAGCCUUCCGAAGACGCCUUUCGAAUUGCAGCUGGCCAAAUCUAGGGCGGAUCAAGCCCUUGAGUUGGUCAGGAGCAAGCAAAAGGCAGUCGAAAAACAGGGCCCAUCCACUCCGAAACGCUGCCGCCGUCCCCUCACAGAUCUGCACAAUUCGCCACGUACCACUAGCCGGAUGAAGCAAGUUCUCGAGACCCGAAUGCGACCCUGCAAAAUUAAAGAGCCCGAAUCGGAAUACAACCUGUGUCCACAAUGCGGCCUUGUCAAGGAUUCGAUUUUAAACCAUGAACACGCCGAGAGGAGACUACAAAAGUUGUUCGAGCAGCAUCCCAGUUUGGUUCCAAAGGGGCGGUAUAGAAAGUCGCCGAAACAUUUGCGUAUACUAUAACUAAGGAAGUGGUUAUUUCUUGAAGAGAAGGCAGCACUCUAUGUGUUUCUCAGAAUGCACUCAGGCUCAUAAAAUCCGUACCACGUUGCUUUUUCUGGGGCGGAGGUGCCUCCUCUGUUUUGCUUUUGAUACCCACAUCACUUAGCUUUCCGCCCUUACGCUGCAGCUGCUUCUCGAUGAUCCUUGCAUUGUUCGCAUAGCUGUCGGCAAUCUCGCGC